AAUACCAUCUCCUUACAAUCAAUUCCAACAUCUCCGAUUGCCGACUCUUUCUUCCGAACAGCUUCUGUUUCCGUCUUGUCGCAACAAAGCAUAUUUUUUUAGCUAGCUUGUUUGUUACCUCCAAUUCAAGCACUCAAAUUUCAUGUCAGAAGUCGACAUCCAGAUUCCAACUGCCUUCGAUCCAUUCGCUGAGGCAAAUGCUGAGAAUUCAGGUGCCGGGUCAAAGGAAUACGUUCAUAUACGUAUACAACAACGGAAUGGUAGGAAAAGCCUGACAACUGUUCAAGGGUUGAAGAAAGAGUUUAGCUAUAACAAGAUACUCAAAGACCUUAAGAAGGAGUUUUGCUGCAAUGGUACCGUUGUUCAAGACCCUGAACUUGGCAAGGUUAUCCAACUACAAGGUGAUCAAAGGAAGAACGUAUCAACUUUCCUAGUUCAAGCUGGAAUUGUAAAGAAAGAACACAUCAAGAUACAUGGUUUCUAAAUAGUGACAGUGAUGAGUGCAUCUUGUUGCUUAAAAUCUUUCAUCAUCUGCUGAAAUCAUCCCCUCUUUUUUUAUUAUCCAUUUUUAUAUAGUGUCAGCCAAUUGUGUUGAAAUUAGUGAUUGUAAAAUAUUGAAAAUAAUUUGCUAAUGUUCCUAAACUGUAUGUAUUGUUCAGAACAUGGCAAUCUUUGUUUCUUCUCUUCCCUGUUUAAA